AUGGCCACAAAUAUGGCCGUCGUGGAGGAGCCAUUGUACCCGAUAGCCAUUCUAAUCGACGAGCUUAAAAAUGACGACAUUCAGCUGCGCUUAAACUCGAUAAGGCGGCUGAGCACGAUCGCGAGGGCUCUCGGCGAGGACAGGACGCGGAAGGAGCUCAUUCCGUUUCUUAACGAGAACAACGACGAUGACGACGAAGUGCUGCUGGCCAUGGCGGAAGAGCUCGGCUCCUUCAUUCCGUGCGUCGGUGGGAUCGAUUUCGCCUACGUCAUUCUCCCGCCGCUGGAGACGCUCUGCACCGUCGAGGAGACGGUUGUACGCGAUAAGGCGGUGGAAUCGCUGUGCAAGAUCGGACAGCAGAUGAAGCCGAGAGACAUUGUCGAGUACUUUGUCCCGCUUGUUCAGCGCCUGGCGGCGGGCGACUGGUUCACGGCGCGCGUGUCGGCGUGCGGGCUGUUCCACAUCGCGUACCCCGCGGCAACGGAGCAGCAGCGCGCCGAGCUGCGCACGCUGUACGGGCAGCUGAGCCACGACGACAUGCCCAUGGUGCGCCGCUCCGCCGCGCUCAACAUGGGCAAGUUCGCCGCCACCGUCGAGCCGCAGUUCCUCAAAACCGACAUCCUCGCCUUCUUUAAAGACCUCACUAACGACGACCAGGACUCAGUGCGGUUGCUGGCGGUGGAGGGGUGUGCGGCGGUGGGCAAGCUGCUGGAGAAGGAGGAGUGCAUAUCCACCAUCCUCCCCAUCAUCCUCUCCUUCGCCCAGGACAAGUCGUGGCGUGUGCGCUACAUGGUGGCCAAUCAGCUGCACGAGCUCUGCGAGGCAGUGGGGCCUGACGUCGCACGUGCGGAGCUGGUGCCAGCAUUCAUCGCGCUGCUGCGGGACAAUGAGGCGGAGGUGCGGAUUGCAGCGGCGGGCAAGGUGACCAAGAUCUGCGCCAUUGUCAAACGCGAGGACGCCUUCAACGCCAUCCUGCCCUGCGUCAAGGAUCUGUCCACAGACGCAUCGCAGCAUGUGCGGUCGGCGCUGGCGUCGGUGAUAAUGGGAAUGGCGCCGCUGAUGGGCAAGGAGAUGACCAUCGAGCACCUGCUGCCGCUCUUCCUCGCCCUGCUCAAGGACGAGUUCCCUGACGUGCGCCUCAAUAUCAUCUCCAAGCUCGACCAAGUCAACCAGGUGAUGGGCAUGGAUCUGCUCUCGCAGUCGCUCUUCCCAGCGAUAGUGGAGCUGUCAGAGGACCGGCACUGGCGGGUGCGGCUGGCGAUCAUUGAGUACAUCCCGCUGCUGGCGGGGCAGCUGGGCAUGGAGUUCUUCGAUGAGAAGCUCAAGGACCUCUGCAUGAAGUGGCUCGAAGACCAGGUGUACUCCAUCCGUGAGGCAGCAGCCACAAACCUGAAGCGGUUGGCGGAGGAGUUUGGCCCAGAGUGGGCUCAAGCGCACAUCGUGCCCAUGGUGGUGAGCAAGGUGAACAACCCGCACUACCUGUACCGCAUGACAGUGCUGCUCUCCAUCUCCAUGCUCGCGCCAGUGCUCGGCUCGGAAGCCACCUGCAGCACCAUGCUGCCCAUCGUGCUCAAUGCGGCCAAGGACAGGGUGCCCAACAUUCGGUUCAAUGUGGCCAAGAUGCUUCAAUCCUUCAUCACCAUUGUCGAACCAUCGAUUGUGGAGCAGAGCAUUCGGCCAGCCUUGUUUGAGCUGAACGAGGACCCAGACCCAGAUGUGCGCUUCUUUGCCAACCAAGCACUGCAGGCAUGCGAUCAGCUCAUGGUCGGCUGA